AAUUAGUAGCAACAGCCAAUACGACUGCAAGUUGAUACUUUUAUUUGAAAGUGCAAAAUAGAUAAAAACUAAAAUAUCUUUUACCAAUUUAAAAAGCGCAACUUGGCAAAGAUGCAUAUUAUUGUUUUGUUUUUGCAAACAAAACUUGAUGCUUGAGAAUAGGAACAUGUGUUGCCAAACAAUGAUUGACUAUAUUUAGCAUCUACGCCCCUAUUAAAAAUUUCAGUUUGUGAUACCUUUGAUCAUGAGCUCAAACUCUAAAUUUCAACGUAUAAAAUUGCUUCAAAACUUUCUCAUUCCACAUCUCAACUGGGGAACUUUUGGAGAUAAGCUCUAUUGGAUUAACCGAGAAAGUAAAAUAUUCUUUUUUCAUUGGAGACAUCAGAGCAGCUCGCAAUUCCGUCCUGAUGAUUCUAAGGUAUAUAAAGAAUGGGCUGUAGUGAAAGGACUUUGGAAUGCGGAUGACACGAAAGCUAUUUGUAAAGCUAAGCAAAGAGUGCGGGCUGCACUUUUGAAACUCAGAUGCAUUAAAUGCAUCAAAAAAACCAAUGACUAUAGAAUCUACAAGAUUCUAAAUGAAGAAGAGAGAAAAAAAAGUGAAGAACACUUCGAAAUUCAAAACUCAAAUUUUGGACACAGCACCCAUUUUCUUCUUGAACAUCUUCAAGAGGAAGAAAUUCUACAUGAAAUUUUCAUGGAAAAAUUACUUUCCGAAGAAAGUGAAAAUAAAAAUUAUUUUGGACAAUUGACGUAGUGUAAUUUAAAGAAAGAGAGAGAGAGAAACUUUUUUCAGCUCAUUUAUCAUCU